GCAGUGCCGGCCGCCAGGGGGAAGGGGUUCCGGCGACCGGAGAUUGAUUCGGUUAAAAAUGUGGGGGCAAAAGAUGGCCGCUCAAGCUGCAAACGAAUAGGGCAGCGAGCAACCAUGGAAGCCUCCUAUUUUUACUGUAAGCCCAUCACACUGACGUGUGCCACAAUUGAAACCUUUUCUCGUGGAAUACCACGCCACCGCUACCUCAAGAGGUAAAGCGCUCGGCCUUGGGCUCUGCUUGCUUCUCUUCUCCCCCAUUGCCCCUGCUUUUAUAGCAAUCUGCUAGGGUUUACUCUUCACUGUUUCCCAUUGACUUAAACGACGUCGUAGUUUUGAUUCCCCCGUUCCCAAUUCCCAUUUCCAUUACGAUAGCUCGUCCAAGUUGAAGGAAAUUAGGCUUGUAACUGAAGAAAAUACAAUACAGGAAUGGAAAGAGUUCGAUUCAAUCUCCCCACCGUGAGGUUAAUCGCCGGUCGUCGCCAGCUCCAUGGAUCAUGCAGUUCGGAUGUGAAGCGGCCGCAACCUACUCUACCAAAGUCAUUACCGAUUCCCGACCUUCAUAAUCGGUACUUGCAUCAAAGUCCUAAUCCUCCUGAAGCUAAGUACUCGCAGCAGGAGUUCGCUACGCUCUGUAGUCUUCUCAGAGAGUCCAAUCUCUGUCCCGGUUCUUCCCUCCAGAAUGCUUUGGACAGGACAGGAAUCGAGCCGGAGCAGCCUGGUCUGUUGGAGGCGGUAUUUGAGAAAUUCGAUUCGUCUCCUAGAUUGCUCUACUCGGUGUUUUUAUGGGCUGAGAAGAGACCGGGGUUUCGGUGCUCUGAGGCGCUGUUCAAUUCGAUGAUUAACACACUUGGGAAAGCGAGGGAUUUCGACACUGCGUGGUCUCUGGUUCUUGAUAGAAGUGGUGGAGAUGAAGCCCUUCAUUUGGUUUCCGGUGAUACAUUUGCCAUUCUCAUCAGAAGGUAUGCUCGUGCAGGAUUACCUGAAGCUGCAAUCAGGACCUAUGAGUAUGUGAGAAAUUUAGACUUGCUUGGCAAGCCAGAUGCUGGAAUUCGCUUGCUUGAGAUUUUGUUAGAUUCUCUUUGCAAGGAAGGGCAUGUUCAGGCAGCUGCAGAGUAUUUCCGGAGUAAAAAGAAGACAGAACCUUGCUGGGUUCCCACAAUUCGUGUAUAUAAUAUACUUUUAAAUGGAUGGUUUAGGUCCAGAAAGCUUAAACAAGCAGAGAGGCUUUGGUUUGAGAUGAAGAAGAAUGACCAAGUGAAACCGAAUGUUGUGACCUAUGGUACUCUUGUAGAAGGAUAUUGCAGAAUGCGACGUGUUGAGAUUGCACUUGAUUUGGUGGAUGAAAUGAGAAGAAAAGAAAUCAAGCCCAAUGCUAUUGCAUACAAUCCAAUUAUUGAUGCACUAGCUGAAGCCGGCAGGUUUAAGGAGGCUUCUGGGAUGAUGGAGCACUUCUUACUGUGCGAGACAGGCCCUACUCUCCCCACAUAUAAUGCUUUGGUUAAGGGAUACUGCAAAGCUGGGGAUAUUGUAGCCGCCAGUAAGAUCCUUAGAGCCAUGAUCGAUAGGGGAUUCAUUCCUACUUCUACAACAUAUAACUAUUUCUUCAGGCAUUUUGCAAAAUUCCGAAAAGUUGAGGAGGCAAUGAACCUGUAUACGAAGAUGAUUGAUUCUGGAUAUGCCCCUGAUCAUCUCACCUACAAUCUCUUGUUGAAGAUGUUGUGUGAGGACGAGAGGUUAGACUUAGCUGCUCGGAUUAGUAAGGAGAUGGAAGUGAGAGGAUGUGAUAUGGAUUUGGCUACUAGCACAAUGUUGACUCAUUUACUGUGUAAGUUGCACAGAUUUGAAGAAGCAGUUGCAGAGUUUGAGAAGAUGUUGAGGAAGGGUUUAGUCCCUCAGUUCCUUACUUUCAAACGAUUGCACGACGAGUUAAGCAAGCGAGGGAUGAAUAAGAUGGCUCAGAAACUAAGGACCAUGAUGUCUUCGGUCCGUCAUUCCACAAAACUACCCAAUACUUACGACGGUGAUGGAGAUUCAUCGCGAUUCGCAAGGAGGAAAUCUAUUUUGCGGAAGGCAGAAGCUAUGUCUGAGAUUCUGAAGACGUGCAGCAACCCAAGAGAGCUUGUUAAGGGUAGAGGUCUGAAUCCUAAUCCUCUAUCGAGUGCUCAUCAGUUGAUGAUGGACAUAAAAGGAAGAGCCAACUGAAAUGAGGAAUAAUGAAGUAUUAGAGGGUUAAUUCUCUAUUCUGCAUUCAUUUUACACUGCUCUGAGCGUCAUAUGUGCAUGAAUUAUAGCUCAUGCCAAAGGAGUUGGGGCACUGAAGAAAUGGUCUCUUGAUUGAGUUUAGAAGAAAAGUUCUGCCCGUGGCGCCAAGUUCACUGUUUGCCCAUUUGUUUAUUUUCAUGGAGGAGAUCUCAAAGUUGGGAGCUUGACACAAGAUGUUGGUCCACGAAAGAGAAUAUUUUGAGGGUGCAGAAACGCCAACCGUAUAACAGUGUUAAAAAUUCUUGCUUCAACUCCAGAUUGUGAUGGCUGGAAGUGGGUCCCCAACUGCUGCUGGUAAUCAUCUCAAAUUCUCAAUCGAUUCCUUUUGAAUUACUGGCAUAAUUGUAUAAAGAAGUAUGCUUAUUUGGUUUUACCGAUUGCUCUUCAGACACAUAAGUAUGAUGGUUUUCUUUUGUCAUGCUCGAUUGUUAUUAAUCAGACUAGUUGGCUGCUGCAGAAGUAUUGCAGAGGUGAUAGAGGGGGGUGGGGGAUUUUAGGGUUGUUGUUGUAGUGUGACCAAGUGGGUGGAGGAUUUGUGUGAUCAAAACAAAACCAAAUGUUGGAAGGGAAAUGGCUCCCCCCCUGCAUUAAGUUUAGCACUCGAGAGAGUGCAUAUUGGUUGAAGAAUAUUUGUGGGUUCUUCAUUUCCAUAUUGCUCUCUCUCUCUCUCUCUCUCUCUCUCUCUCCCCCUCUCCCUCUCCACAGGACACGAGAGGGGAAGAAAACCGAAUCUAAAUGGUUGUGUCCAUAGUACAUCCAAGCUUGAAUUGUUAGGUAUAAUAUAAUUCGUUAUAACGUGUCAACCUCCUUUGCGUUGUCAAUCCAGUGUAAAGUCUCUUUCUCACUAUGUACGUAUGGGUUGUUUGAAUGACAAAAUUUUGUCUCUUAAAUAGAGUAUUUGACUAUUUGUACAGCUUAAGAUGAUUGUUUCGUUUUUUUUUAAAGAGAAUUUUUCUCUUUGUGCUUAGUUUAAUGUUUCAUAUAGUGUGUUCAUAGAAGAAAAUACAAUGAGGUCAUUUGGUGUAGUGUGUUAAAAAAUGAAAUCAACUAUGUUAAUACGAAGAGUAAAGUAAAUGGUGAGCUAUGAAUGUUGGAAGAUGUGUACUUCAUAUUAAAUUAUAACAUGUUCUACAAACAUGUGAUGAUUUUCAAACUUAGGAACAUUAUAACAUGCUUUUUUAGAGGAGGACAUGUUUGUGUAAUUUAAUAGGCGCUAUGCAAGCUUUAUGGCUAAUGCAUUCGUCGUGUUGACUAGGUAAACUGCAGUUGCAGGUUAGUUAAUAUGAAUAUUAUACAAUCACCUCCUCUUUCCAUUUGAACUAUAAAGUAUACUCAUAGCUUGCUACUAUGAGGUUAUCAAUUAUUUCAUGAAUCAAAUUUUGGCUUUUACAAGCUUGGUUGGGGUUUUUUAUUUUCUCCUCGUCAUAUCAAAUAGUUGGCUUGGCUGUUCAAAAUAAAUAAAAAAAUAGUUGAGAGAAAAAGGAAUAGUUGGCUUGGCUGUUCAAAAUAAACAAAAAAAAUAGUUGAGAGAAAAAGCCAAAAAGGUGUCGGCAUUAUUGCAAUUUUGCUACUAUCUGCAGUCUGCAGCACAACCUCUCCCUCGUGUUUCUCUCCCACUGCUACUAGCCUACUACUCCCAAAAACAGAUAAAAACACAGACACAAUUAUUCCUUCACCCCAAAAUCCAAAAGUGAAAAACCGAAAAUAGAAAAUUUUCAGAAACAGACAUAAAAAGAGAGAGAGAGGGGGAGGGGGGAGAGCAAAACAAGCAAAUGAAAAAUGCAGAUUUGG